AUGGAGAAUCACAGCUUGCUAAUCUUGCUGACAAUCUCUGUGAUGAUUAUCGCAUUUACUCACAAGCUCUUGCGCAGAUUAAUCACAAGAACGCCCAAGAAGAACCACCCGCCAAGCCCACCUUCCCUCCCCGUCAUCGGCCACCUCCACCUGCUCAAGAAGCCCAUCCACCAGACCCUCCUCGCCCUCUCUCGCGUCUACGGCCCAGUCCUCUCUCUCCGCUUCGGAGCCCGCGCCGUCGUCGUCGUCUCCUCCGCGUCCAUAGCCGUGGAAUGCUUAACCCAGAACGACUUCGUCCUUGCGAACCGACCCCCCUCCAGCGUGAAUAAGCUCGUCGGGUACAACAACACCACCCUCAUGGCUGCCUCCUACGGCGAUCACUGGCGCAACCUCCGCCGCAUCAGCGCCGAGGAGAUCUUCUCCUCGCACCGCCUCAAUGUGUCACUCAGCAUCCGUCAGGAUGAGGUCAAGCGCCUCCUGAGGAAGCUGCUAUUGUGCCAAAGUGGCGGCGGCUUCGCGAGGGUGGAGCUGAGAGCGGUGCUGACGGAGCUGGCGUUCAACGUGAUCAUGAGGAUGAUGGCGGGGAAGAGCUACUACGGGGAGGACAUGAGCGAUGUGGAGGAGGCGGUCAAGUUCAAGGACAUCAUCAGGGAGCUCGUGAAGUACUCGGGGAUCUCAUACCCCGGGGACUACCUGCCUCUGCUGAGGUGGAUCGACUACGACGGGUACCUAAAGAGGGUGUUCAAGCUUGGAAAGAAGACAGACGGGUUCUUGCAGGGGCUGAUCGACGAGCGCCGGAAGAAGGGGGAGAGUGAGGUGGAGAAGAAGAGCAUGAUCGAUCACUUACUGGUGAAGCAGGCGUCGCAGCCGGAGUAUUACACGGACGAGAUCAUCAAGGGCUUCUUGCUGAUACAACCGAUUGGUGGAACCGAUGCAUCAUCUAUUACAAUUGAGUGGGCGCUUGACAAUUUGUUCAACCAUCCCAACAUCUUAAAAAAGGCAAAAGCAGAGAUUGAUGCCCACUGCGAGGAGCGUUUGGUCGAAGAAUCGGAUCUCUUGAAGCUACCUUAUUUACAGAACAUUAUCUCAGAGACGCUUCGCUUACAUCCACCUGCGCCGCUUCUGAUACCUCACUAUUCAUCGGAUGAGUGCGUAAUAGGAGGCUAUGACAUGCCCCGUGGGACAAUCGUGCUGAUUAAUGCUUGGGCCAUUCACCGAGACCCCAAACAAUGGCCCGAUCCAAUGGCCUUCAAGCCAGAAAGGUUUGAGAGUGGCGAUGGUCGAACGAAUAGGUUGAUGUUGCCAUUUGGGAUGGGGAGGAGGUCAUGCCCCGGUGAACCUUUGGCUCAUAAACUGGUGGGCUUGACUUUGGCUUCGCUCAUUCAAUGCUUUGAAUGGAAGAGGAUUGGUGAAGAGGAAGUUGACAUAGGGGGGGUUGAAGGUGUGACAAUGCCCAAAGAAAAGCCAUUGGAGGCUUUGUGCAAAGCACGAGAAAUGACGACUGGAGUUCUCUCUUAA